UGCCUAUAACAUAUAUCAUUAAGAGUAUAGGGCCAUGUUUGACAGCUAUAUAAAAGUAAGUUUUUGUCACAGACAUCGCUCAGUUGGAGGCGCGACAACUUUUGCUUUGCACUACCCGCAAUUCACUUAAAAAAAUCAUGUACAACAAACCCUUGAGUUGUAUCCUCGUAACGCUGUUUCUAUACAUGUUCAUCGAGCUACAGAAUGCCACAGUAACGGCGCAACAAUUCACUUUCCCUGAUGUUGUGAAGAAACAGGUGAAAAAAGUACAUGUUCGCUGCGUGAAUAAAACUGGCGUCACUGAAGACAUAAUUGCAUUGGCGCACUCGGGAGUUCUGCCAAAGGAUCCAGCCUUUAAAUGUUUUCUGCACUGCAUGUUCGAUAUUUUCGGGCUGAUCGACAGCCAGAACAUCAUGCACUUGGAUGCCUUAGUUGAAGUGGUGCCAGAAGAGCUGCACGCCAAGAUUCUUGGCUUGAGCGAGAAAUGUGGCACACAAACAGGCACAGAUGGCUGCGACACUGUUCUGUUAACUGUACAGUGUUACAUUGAUACGGACGGACCCUUUAUCAAGAAGUCUGUUGAGGAUAUGCUUACUUGAACAAGUCUCGAUCCAGAACUCCCAAUAACAGCAGACAACGUACGAUGCGCAACGCCUCAAUUUGAACGCGUAUUAAUUUACCCUGUAAUUGCAAUAAUAAACGAGUGUUAAUCACAGUCAUUAGUUCCUCAAAUUUGUAUGCAAUUGUCAAACCUUAAUGUCAUCACGAUAAAAUAAAAAGUGUUUCAAG